AAAAUCGUGUAAAUGAGAGAACGUUAUGGUGAUAUUUUCUGUGAAAUAUAUGUAAGAUUAACGAGCCGCCUCGUGACACGCACUACUAAUUAAUGUUAAUAAAUCAGUGAACCUUUUUUAUUCAUGUCAUUUAAAGUGCGUAAUUUAUCGGGUGCUUUCAAACUUCCUCUCACAAUUCAGAGUACUUCGUUCUUUUAUAGAAUCUUAUUCCUUGAUUGCUGCGUCAGAUGAAAACAGUAAUAUUUCUCAUUGAUAAAAAUAGAAUUUAAUCGUGAAUUAUCAUUUAAAUAUCAACUUUUAAUUGACUAAAUAACCGACACAACAAAAGUCGAUAUGUCGAUUAAUAUGAAACGCACCUAAUGCACUUCGUUUCUUUCGAUUUUAAUUGGAGUAUGCACCAGCCUUUAUGGAAUAUUGUUGCAGUCUCGUUAAUCAUAAAUGCUAAAAGAUGCCUCCAAAGCAGAGAAAAAUAGCCAUUAUGGGUUACAGAUCCGUAGGCAAGUCGUCGCUGAGCAUACAGUUCGUCGAGGGACAGUUCGUGGAUUCAUAUGACCCUACUAUAGAAAAUACAUUUACUAAAAGUACCAGAGUAAAUAGUCAAGAUUAUGAAGUUAAAUUGGUAGAUACAGCAGGUCAAGAUGAGUAUAGUAUAUUUCCUACACAGUAUUCGAUGGACAUCCAUGGAUAUGUCCUCGUAUAUAGUAUCACCAGUGCAAAGAGUUUUGAAGUUGUACAAAUUAUUUAUGACAAGCUAUUGGAUAUAACAGGGAAAGUCCAUGUUCCAAUUGUAUUAGUAGGAAAUAAAACGGAUUUAUAUGGAGAUCGAAUGAUCUCGACAGAACAAGGCAAAAGAUUGGCAGACUCCUGGCAUGCAGCUUUUCUAGAAACCAGUGCAAAACAAAAUGAGUCUGUCGCUGAUAUUUUUCAUACAUUAUUAAUCGAAAUUGAAAAAGCUGAUGGAAAUGUACAAGAAAAAUCAAAUUGUAUUAUUUCCUAAAUUAUAUUAGCUAAAAAUAUAAUUACGAUGCAAUGUAAAUGUAUAAAAACUGAAUGGCGAAAUUGGCAUUAUAAUACACGUCCAAAAACAAAUUAACUGUAAUAAGAAAAAAAAUAUAAACUGUCGAAUUUAAAACAAUAUCUUUCUUUGUUGCAUAAGUUAUAAAUAAGUUAAAAAUAUUAUAAAUAUUGUGUAUUUUAGAAUAUACUUGGUAGUAUGUAUUUUUAUCAUUUAUUUUUAUAUCCAUUGUCUUACAGAAAGAAACAAAAGAUAAUUGAGUUUGAUCACCUUUAUUAGUAUAAAUUUGUAUAAUUCAUGUUUUACAAAAUAUUUUUCAGUAAAAGUAGACAGUUAACUUCAAAUUGUUUCACGUAAUUAGAGGUAACAUUCAUGUAACCACUAUCUCAUUCGAUGUUAAUAUUUUUCAUUAAUAAUAAUAUAAAUUAUGGUUACAAAACUCAUAGUAAAACAAUUAGUUUAUAUUUUACGACGUUUUCGAAUGUUAAACAUUUUCUUAGACGUUAAUAUGAAAAAUUCAUGUUUCACAAUAUAUCUUAACAAUGAGAUAGCAAAAUUCACCAAAGAAUUAUUCAAGUUAGCAAAUCAUUAAGUUCUGUGCUAUUUAUGUAUUUUAAAUAACUUAUCCUGUAUAAAU